AUGGCACCUCAAGUAAUUGUGGUCGGCGGUGGACUGUCCGGUCUCAGCGCCGCCCACACCGUCUACCUGAACGGUGGCAAUGUCCUCGUUUUGGACAAGCAAGGUUUCUUCGGUGGCAACUCAACCAAGGCCACCUCCGGUAUUAACGGUGCCCUCACCCGCACCCAGAUCGACCUCGGCAUUGGCGACAGCGUCAAGGCUUUCUAUGAAGACACCCUCAAGUCUGCCCGCGACAAGGCUCGUCCCGAGCUGAUCAAGGUUCUCACCUACAAGUCCGCUGCGGCCGUCGAGUGGCUGCAGGAUGUUUUCAACCUCGACCUCACCCUCGUCUCCCGUCUCGGUGGACACACCCACCCCCGAACACACCGUGGUCACGAUGCCAAAUUCCCCGGUAUGGCCAUCACCUACGCCCUCAUGCAGCGGUUGGAGGAGCUCUCCGAGAAGGAGCCCGGCCGCGUCCAGAUCGUCAAGAAGGCCCAGGUUACCUCCGUCAACAAGAGCGGCAACACCAUCAGCGGUGUGACCUACACCCACAACGGCGAGACCAAGAGUGCCGACGGCAUUGUCGUCCUCGCGACCGGUGGCUAUGCCGCCGACUUCAGCGACUCGUCGCUGCUCAAGCAGCACCGCCCCGAUACCUUUGGUCUGUCUAGCACCAACGGCACUCACGCCACUGGUGACGGUCAGAAGAUGCUGAUGAAGAUCGGUGCCAACGGCAUCGAUAUGGACAAGGUCCAGGUGCAUCCGACAGGUCUCGUGGACCCCAAGGACCCGAAUGCCAAGUUCAAGUUCCUAGCGGCCGAGGCUCUCCGUGGUGAGGGCGGGCUGCUGCUCAACUCGGACGGCCAGCGGUUCUCGGAUGAGUUGGGUCACCGUGACUAUGUGUCGGGCCAGAUGUGGAAAGAGAAGGAGAAGGGCAAGUGGCCCAUCCGCCUGGUCCUUAACAGUAAGGCGUCCAAGGUUCUGGAUUUCCACACGCGCCACUACUCCGGCCGUGGUCUGAUGCGCAAGAUGAGCGGCAAGGAGCUUGCCAAGGAGAUCGGCUGCGGUGAUGCCACCCUGCAGAAGACCUUCGAUGAGUACAAUCUCAUCGCCGAGGGCAAGAAGAAGGAUCCCUGGAACAAGCGCUUCUUCCACAACAUGCCCUUCAACAUCGACGAUGAGUUCCACGUCUCCCUGAUGGAGCCCGUGCUGCACUUCACCAUGGGCGGUAUCGAGAUCAACGAGCACGCCCAGGUGCUCAACGCUGAGAAGGCGCCCUUCGAGGGUCUGUACGCCUGCGGUGAGCUGGCGGGUGGUGUCCACGGCGCCAACCGUCUGGGAGGCUCGUCGCUGCUGGGCUGUGUGGUCUACGGCCGAGUUGCGGGUGACUCUGCCAGCCAUCACCUCUUCCGGAAGUUAAUCACCGGUGGCUCCUCUGCCGCCCAGCAGCGUCUGGGUCAGAUCUCUCUGCACGUCGACCCCUCCACCCCCGGCAAGAUCUCUGUCGAGUGGGGUGGUGCUGCCCCCGGCGGCAGUCUACCCACUGUCGCCGCGGCCCCCGCAUCAGCUGAGCCGGCCGUUGCCCCGAGCACCUCUCCGGCCGCCGAGCAGGCCAAGCCGGACCCGGCCAACUUCAAGAUUCCCGAGAAGGAGUACACCAUGGAAGAGGUCGCCAAGCACAACAAGAAGGACGACCUGUGGAUCGCCGUCAAGGGCGUCGUCCUGGAUGUUACCAACUGGCUCGACGAGCACCCUGGCGGUGCCAACGCCUUGUUCAACUUUAUGGGACGAGAUGCCACAGAGGAAUUCGCUAUGCUCCACGACGACGAGGUCAUCCCCAAGUACGCCGGUCACAUUGUCAUCGGCCGCGUCAAGGGCCAGGAACCCAGCCUGGAGCUGUGA